UUUCUUGCUUGCAUUUACGAAUUCAGCUCAUGUAGAAACUAUGAACGGCAUACAGGCGUCGUUUUUCAUUCUACUCGAAGCCUUUGUUGUCGUGACAGGAUUUUCUCACUCCGCAUAUUUCACAACACGAGAAAAUAAGCGCCUCAUAGGUCAUCGUAUUAAACAAGUCGAUUCUGUCAGUUUGGAGUCGUGCAGCCAGUUUUGCUUGAGACAGCCAUGGUGCACUUCAACAAACUUCCAAAUAUCAACCAAGAUGAACGGCAAAGAAACUUGUGAAUUGAACAUGCACGGAAUUAUCGACGAAAACAAUGAUCAUUUCCAUGAUCAAGAAGGAGUCACUCUCUCUCUGAAGUUAAAGGGAUGUUUGUUGACCAGCUGUCUUAAUGGUGGCUCCUGUGUGUAUGACAAAAACAAAAAGGGACACCUGUUCUCAUGUUUGUGCAAAAUACCGUGGACGGGAAAAAAAUGUGAAAAUAAAAACGGAAUAGGCUGGAUUUAUCGUUAUCCUGCUCUUUCAUGCAAGAACAUCCGGGACAUGGGAGACUCCAAAGGAGACGGGGAAUACUGGAUCGACCCUGCAAAGAAUGGAAAGCCAUUCAAAGUCUACUGUGACAUGACAACUGAUGGAGGUGGGUGGCUUCUCAUUUCCAACAUCGUUAAGGGCGCCUCACCUAUUCAACCCUCCCUCAAGGGGUCCUACGAUGAAGUUAGCCUCUACAAGGAAGAAAACAUUGUUCUCAACAGAAGCGCCGUGAAAGAACUCAGGUCGAAUGUGUCCUUUACUCAGCUGCGAUUCUUCUGUAGUAAACAACAGGGACGUACGUUCCACGUGACCACGACCGCUAACAGUACUGGUGAAGCUGUUGUCCAGUACUUUAGCGGUCAGACGGAUGCGCGACCGGAUGCCUGUGGCUCGUUUGUGAGGAUGGAAGAUGAUAACUCAGCUAUGUCACAAGUCUGCAAAGAGUGGGGGGGUAACUCUACCAAUACGUUCACAAACAAAUGGGGUGACCGCACUCAAGACUAUGAAAAGCGGCUGUAUCGUCAGGUGGUUCUCGUCUGGUCCAAAUAUCAUUGGCUGCUUUCACCAGAAAGUAAGAGAUUCGAAUGCGAUGAUUAUAACGGCAAUGUUUCCACAGGUGAUUUUUGGAAGAUAUACGUACGUUGA